AUGGCUACGUUUCAACGUCCUUUCAAAAAGACUGUGGUGCCUGCUGCAUUUGCGCAGCUUAGCAGCAAAGGAAAUCGAGGCAAAGGAGAUGAUAGAGGUAUAUCCUUGGCAACCAAGGACAAGGUUCAACAAGCAAACUAUUUUGGAUCACUUACCUAGGCUUCCACUAUUCGAGUUGGAUCGUUCAAUGGGGAGGAGAUUUAUGCUCCUUUCAAGAGCUUACUUCCCAUGGUGAACCCUGGAGACAUUGUAUUUGGAGGUUACAUCAGUGACAUGAAUCUUGCAGAUGCCAUGACCAGGGGUAGGGUCUUGGACAUUGAUCUUCAGAAGCAACUGAGGUCCUUCAUGGAAUCCAUGGUUCCACUACCUGCAAUCUACGACCCUGAUUUCAUUGCUGCCAAUCAAGGUUCUCGUGCUAACAAUGUGAUCAAAGGAACCAAGAAACAACAGCUUGAACAUAUCAUCAAAGAUAUUAGGGAGUUUAAGGAGGCCAAAAAUGUAGAUAAGGUAGUGGUUCUAUGGACUACAAACACUGAGAGAUACAAUAUUGUAAUUGUGGGGCUAAAUGACACAGAGGAGAACCUUUUUGCUUAAGUGGAGAAUAAUGAAGCAGAGUUUUCUCCAUCCACUCUAUUUUCCUUAGCUUGUGUUCUUGAAAAUGUGCCUUUUAUCAACGGAAGCCCACAAAACACUUUUGUUCCAGGGUUGAUUGAUUUGGCCAUAAGGAGGAACAGUCUGAUUGGCGGGGAUGACUUUAAGAGUGGCCAGACAAAAAUGAAGUCUGUGCUUGUUGAUUUUCUUGUUGGUGCUAGUAUUAAGCCAACAUCUAUAGUGAGCUACAAUCAUCUCGGUAACAAUGAUGGCAUGAAUCUCUCAGCUCCUCAAACUUUCCGCUCAAAAGAGAUAUCCAAGAGCAACGUGGUCGAUGACAUGGUCUCUAGUAAUGCAAUUCUUUAUGAGCCUGGAGAGCACCCUGAUCACGUUGUUGUGAUCAAGUAUGUUCCAUAUAUGGGCGAUAGCAAAAGGGCGAUGGAUUAGUAUACUUCAGAGAUAUAUGGGGGAACCAACACCAUUGUGAUGCACAACAUGUGUGAGGAUUCCCUCUUGGCUGCUCCAAUUAUCUUGGACUUGGUCCUUCUUGCUGAGCUCAGUACUCGCAUACAGCUUAAAGUUGAGGGAGAGAGAAAAUAUCACUCCUCCCACCCCGUGGCCACCAUUCUGAGCUACCUCACCAAGGCUCCUCUUGUGCCACCGGGCACACCAGUGGUGAAUGCUCUUGCAAAGCAGCGGGCAAUGCUUGAGAAUAUUUUGAGGGCUUGUAUUGGAUUAGCACCUGAGAACAAUAUGAUACUGGAAUACAAAUGAAGAAACAUUGUGGCAAGAGGACUUUAUCGAAGAUGCAUUAGUCGAUCUAAUACUAAGACUGCCUGCAAUUUUCUUCCCGUUCUACUGUUAUUAUCCGUUUAGUGACGAGAAAUCUACUGAAUUUGGCAUGCCUAUAUUUGGCUGUUGUUCUGCUUCUUUGGUAAUUUUUCUGUUCUGUUAUUUGAAGUAGUGUCAUGUCUGGUUUGUUCCUGCAAAAUCAGAGCAGCUGUUGUUCUAUCUGUCAGAGAUUGUAUGAUUGUAUCAUAAUGAUUGUGUAUAUAAGAUUGUU